AUGGCCACGAGAGCUCUUGCCGCCGCCGUCGCCGGCCGCUGUGCGGCCGGGCAUGGUGGGCUAGCCGUUCUCUCCUCCGGCUCCUGUUGCAGGCGCGGAGGAGCAGUGCAGAGCUUCUCCCACAGCACUGCCGAGCGGGAGCGGGAGGGCCACGGCGACGCCGAUGCCGAUGCCGAUGCCGACGCGACAGUCGCCACCGCGGCGCAGGUGGAGGCGGCGCUGAACCGCAAGAACGUGGAGGCGGUCCAGGGGAACCGCUCCGCGACGCUGGUCGCGGCCGACGCGGCCGAAGCGCUGCACGGCGUGGGCGACAGCGACGCCGCCGGUGCCGAGGACGCGUGGGUGCCCGACCAGGAGACAGGCGUCUUCGUCCCGGCCAACGAGGCGUCCGGCGACGGGAAGAACGGGAUUAACGGAGCCGACGGCGGCAGCGCGCGCGGGCAGGCCGGGCCGUCGGUGCUGGACCAGGCGGUGUUCGUCCGCGAGGAGGACAUGGAGGACGUCGAGAGGCCCGCCGUCGGCACUGUGGACGUGGUUGACGCUGACGCCGGCGCCAAGUGA